AUGUUGCGCAACUUAAGCUCCAUCUCCCGUCGUUCCGUGGUAACGUACGCUUCUCCAACGACCCGCGUCUUUUCAUCCACUUCAUCCGAGUAUGAUUUAGUCGUGAUUGGUGGUGGUCCAGGUGGAUACGUGGCAGCAAUUAAAGCAGCCCAAUUGGGGCUUAAAACGGCUUGUAUUGAAGCACGUGGGACCUUAGGAGGGACGUGUUUGAACGUCGGGUGUAUUCCAUCGAAAGCGUUACUUCAUUCGACCCAUUUGUUACAUACGGCCCAACACGAGUUUCAAAAAUAUGGCAUUGAGGCGCCUGAAGUAACGGCAAAUUUUCCCCAAAUGAUGAAAGCCAAAGAAAAAGCUGUCAAGGUCUUGACAAGUGGCAUUGAAAGUCUGUUUAAAAAGAAUCGAGUCACGUAUAUCAAAGGAUUUGGAAAGAUUGUCGCACAAGGAGACAUUUCCGUGACGUUGAGUGAGCCCAACAAGGGCAAUGAGACUGUUAAGACCAAGAAUAUUUUGCUGGCGACAGGCUCUGAAGUAACGCCAUUGUUACCUGUGCCGGUGGAUAAUGCUGCUGGUAAAAUUGUUGACUCCACAGGCGCUCUCGCACUUACGCGUGUACCCGAGCAUCUUGUCGUGAUUGGGGCUGGUGUUAUUGGACUUGAACUUGGCUCAGUGUACAAACGUUUAGGGUCCAAGGUCACUGUCGUUGAGUACUUGGAUACUGCCUGUACUGGCAUGGACAAGGGAUCAGUCAAGGAGUUUACCAAGUUACUGAAGAAACAGGGACUGGAUUUUCAGUUUAAUACCAAAGUGACGGCUUCAGAGGUUAAUGGUGAUGUUGUCAAACUCACGACGGAGCCCUCAAAGGGCGGGGAUGCUUCUACUAUUGAGUGUGAUACUGUGCUCGUGGCCACUGGUCGUCGUGCUUUUACGGCUGGCCUCGGACUGGAACAGAUGGGUAUUCAGACGGACAAGCUCGGCCGCAUUGAGGUCGAUAACGCCUUCCGUACACAGGUACCUGGUAUCUUUGCCGUCGGUGAUGUAAUCCAGGGCGCUAUGCUGGCACACAAGGCCGAGGAGGAGGGUAUUGCUUGCGUGGAAAACAUUGCCGGGAAGCACGGCCAUGUGAACUACGGUGCUAUCCCCAGUGUCAUCUACACAUUUCCGGAGUUUGCUUCGGUAGGCAAGACGGAGGAAGAGCUAAUUGCAGAAGGCGUGGAAUACAAUGUCGGCAAAUUCCCGAUGAUGGCUAACAGCCGUGCCCGCACGGUGGCCGAGUCCGACGGUAUGGUGAAGGUACUGGCUGACAAGAAGACGGACAAGCUGCUUGGCGUGCACAUCAUUGCCAGUAAUGCCGGUGAGAUGAUCUCGGAGGGUGUGAUCGGCAUUGAAUAUGGCGCUGCCAGUGAGGACCUUGCGCGCACGUGCCACGCCCACCCGACGCUAAGCGAGGCGUUUAAGGAGGCCUGCCUUGCCACUUUUGACAAGCCCAUCAACUUUUAA